CACACGCUAGGCCCGGGCCUGUGGAGGGAGUUUACUCCACACGUGAAUCACAUUGUUUCCUUCCGUCUACGGCUAAUUGGAUUAAAGCCGCUUGAUCCGCUGGUACCUUCUGGAGCAGCCGUGUCCUCACACAACCACGGAGUGCUACUGUUUCCACCAUGUCUACCUGCGGGAAUGCAGCCCAGUCCUGCUGCUUGCUUGCGUGACCUGGGUCUCGUUUUCUCAGGUUGCUCAUCAUUCUUUCUCUGUAGAUGCUAAGGCAAGGCCCAUAGGAGGGGACGUGUGGUGACCAUGACAGACAGGAGAUUUGUUUCUUCUAAUCCAUCCCCAGGCAGAAGAUUGUCCGAGGGUUCAGAGUUGCCCGCUCAGAUGGAGGCCAGGAUAGGUGUAGAGCCCUCUCGACAUUCAACCACGCACCAUGAGCGGGUCACUCUAGUGGUGGACGGCACCCACUUUGUUGUGGAUCCAGCUUUAUUCACUGCCCACCCGGACACCAUGCUGGGGAGGAUGUUUGGUCCUGCCCGACAGCAUAACUUCACUCGACCCAAUGCAAAGGGAGAAUUUGAGAUGGUGGAGGGCAUUAAUGCAAGCAUUUUCCAUGUAAUCUUGGACUACUACCGAGGGGGCAUCCUGCAGUGUCCAGAGGGGGUGUCUGUGGCUGAGCUGCGGGAGGCCUGUGACUACCUCUGCAUCAACUUUGACUACAACACUGUGAGAUGUCGUGACCUCAGUGCUCUUCUCCAUGAGUUGUCCAAUGACGGUGCCCGUAGGCAGUUUGAGGGCUACCUGGAGGAGUUGGUGGUUCCAGCCAUGGUGUCCAGCGCGCAGGAGGGGGAGAGAGAGUGCCACAUAGUGGUGCUUUUAGACGACGACACUGUUGACUGGGACCAUGACAACCCGCCACCCAUGGGAGAGGAGUACUCUCAGAUCAUAUACAGCACCAAACUGUACCGCUUCUUCAAGUACAUUGAGAAUAGAGACGUGGCCAAAGCCCUGCUAAAGGAGCGAGGUCUGAAGAACAUACGCAUCGGCAUCGAGGGGUACCCCACAUGCAAGGAGAAAGUGAAGCGGCGUCCAGGCGGCCGGUCAGAGGUCAUCUACAACUACGUGCAGAGGCCGUUCAUCCACAUGUCGUGGGAGAAGGAGGAGGGCAAGAGUCGCCACGUGGACUUCCAGUGCGUGCGCAGCAAGAGCGUGCCCAACCUCACGGCCGCUAUGGCCGAGGGUCCGACGCGCUCCGGAGCCACACCCACCCCACAGGUGGACGAACUGGACCGUCUGAACGGACCCUCUCCUCAGCCCACGGCUGUGUUCAUGCCCAGCAAUGAGAGUCGAGAUGUUUGAAGAGGGGCGUGUGUGUGUGUGCUUUUCUAAGAGAAAACUGUAUAUCACAGUUGUUGUUUGAUAGUAUUUGUAUGCACAGAUGAAGCAUUUUGAAAUAACAUAAAUGGAUGUAUGAACUGACAUUUGUACCAUAUGAAAAGGUCAUCGACAUGCAGUUCAUGUGGACGUUUUAGGAGUUAACAGAGUCAUCGUAAAAAAAAACUAGUUUAGAAGAGACUUAAGAUGUGAAGGAAUGUGACUAGUGUCGAUGCUUAAGCCACUUUGUCUUCAGAGUGCCCCCUAGUGUCAAGCCUGAGCUCAUGAGGGAAGAAUAGUCAAGAGGAGAAUAUGUGUCCUUUAUGCAGAUUUCUGCAUUUUUACAAGAAGUCCACUGAGUGAACUCCACUCCAUGUAUACACUUUUUUAAUAGAUUGACAUUUAUGUGAGUUUUUGUAAAGCUAUUUUGUAUUCAAUUUAAGGGGAAUAGAUUGUCAAGAUGAAUUAAAUUGAUGUGACAAGGAAUUUCAGUGUAAAAGAAAAAAACAUCUGCAUCUGACAAUUGACUGCAUUAAAAUCGCAGUG